ACACUUCUACGUGCAGCAACGAUUACUAGGAAGCAUGUACAGUAUCUGAGAUCAGUAUCAACUAAACAACCACACUGUAGAACUACAGCUUGGUCACAUUGAACUAGACGCCGACCCAUGACAUAGCGAGGCUGUUCCCGGGCCGCAAGACGAUUAAACGUCUCCGGUACCUAGGCUGGCAUACUUUCUUCGACACGAUAGUAAGUAUUUGUACAAUAAAUUAGUGCCGUUAUCUGUUAUCUGCCUGCGUUAUAACCCCGGCGAGUAAUCCCCGCCCCUCAGAACAGACGCUAGACCUAGUGAGGACCUAUAUGGGUGGAGGUAUUCCUGGAGAACUGACGUCUGAAGACGUUUCUGUCACUGGCAUAUACUUUGUGACAAUCCGUUGCUACCCGGCUGCGUGAUUUUCCUGCGACUAUUUCAGGCCGUGAUGACUGUACGUGCCGCUAUAGGACGGGAAUUGGGGAUCUGUGGAAGAGGACACGACAUCGAUCACUGUCACUGAAGCAUUAGCCUGGACGUACAGGGCCGUCAUGUCGUGGUAUGCACCGGCAGCUCCCGUAUAGCCCACCGUACAUACAGCCAGUACCUGAGUUCACCUGUGUUGUCAUGGUAACACGGCCUGGACAAUGAGAAGACAGAAACACAGGAGCAUCGCCCUUGGACAUCUCGAUACAACAGAUUACGCCUACCCCGAAGAUGCUGGGUUCUGUGGUGCAUGUAGCCGCAUCCCCCCGACGCACCUGCCCCAGACCCCCUCGUUCUCCGACCUGCUGGGGGAGGAGGUGACGGAGGAUGAGUUCCAGCAAGAGGUGGCGGUCAAGACUCGGACGCUGCUGAUCGGCCGCCAGGAGGCGGAGAGGGAGGUGGUGAUGGACAGACUGGUGGACAAGUAUGGCGACAAGGAGAAGGCGCUCAUGUUCGUGGUCUCAGAAUUCCCAACAGAGUACAAGGUCCAGCUGUUUGUCAACAUGCUUCUACAACGCGGCGCCAACCCGUCGACGUGCGACAGCUCCUGGCAGACCCCCCUCCACCACGCCGUCAAGAGGAACUUCAAGGGUGUGUGUAGUAAACUGCUGGAGAACGACGCCCUCCCCCACGUCCGAGACAAGGACAGCAACAUGCCCUACCACCUGGCCCUCAACAACAACAACGACGACAUCGCCGCCCUCAUUCUCAGCUACAUGCCCAACGCUGUCAUUAGAGACAUGUACAUCACCAGGACCUCCACAAGGUCAGAGUUCAACCUUCACGACCUGCUUCGUAAAGCAAUGCAGCACGCGGCUAUGGGAGUGUUGGACUGUAUGAUGGACCCUAUCGGGGAUACAGGUCACGUGAGGGUGUUCUACCACGUGCUGGAGGCCGACGAGGAAGGGAGACCACCCACACACCAAGACUUUGAGGACGAGUCCAAAUCUUGCCUCAAUCUCAUCGCCAAGGGAAACCUGAAGGAGGUUGUGUUCCAUGACUGUGUCCGGCUGCUCAUACGACGGAAGUGGAAGAAAUACGCCAGGUUUCGCUUCGUUGUGAAUAGCAUCAUAUACUGUUUCACCCUGCUCUGCCUCACCUUCUCGCUGGCUGUAGCGACCUUGACCCCUGACCCCGCCCAGUACCCCGACCCCCGGGACAAGGUGCGUGCGGCGACCGAGUUGUGGACGUGUGGUGCGGUGGCCUUCAGUCUUGUCCUUGAGAUCAAUCAGAUGAGGAGACACCGUCUGGACUACUGGCGAGACAUGUUCAACUGGCUGGACCUGACCUCGUCAUGUCUGCUGUUGUCCGUCAUCCCGCUCCGCUUCACGCAAACCCAGGAGCAGUGGCAGGUCUUCUCCGUCGGCUAUCUGCUGUGGACCCUCAAGAUCUUCAAGUAUGCAGCAGUCUUCAGGCAGACGGGUGCAUAUGCCCUCAUCCUGAAGCGGAUCCUGGGGCACGACUUCGUACAGUUCACUGUCCUCUUCUCCGUCAUCCUACUGGCCUUCAGCGGAUCCUUCAUCCUAGCACUCAGGGGAGAGAACUCUCUACAGGUGCACUCUGAGACAGGAACCUUCUGGGAGGUGAUGUUCACCGGCGUGCGCAUCCUCAUCGAGUCCGACCCCGUCGUCACCUACUACGGUCAAGGUGGAUACAGCACGCUGAGCUGCAUCAUCAUGGUUAUCUUCCUCUUCACCUGCAUCGUUGUCCUCCUCAACAUCCUCAUCGCCCAGCUCAGCGACACCUACCAGAACGUACAGACUGAUGCGCAACGUGCCCUCGAGCUCAACAGGGCGUGGAUCAUAGCGAGGGUGGAGCUCAAUAGUAUCUACAUGCGGAGGAGUUACCGGAUCCGGAAGUACUGCGAGUCCGAGGUGGUGUCACAACCCCAUGAUCUCCUGGAGAGGUGGGAGUCGCCUCCCUUGAAUGAGAUGAACAAGAACAUCCGUGACAUCUGGGUGGGUUCAGAGUCGAACACAAUGAACCUGCUGACUGUCAAGAACAGACUCACCCGCCAGGAGAAGGCCAUCCUCAAAAUGCAACAAUCGCUGGAUGAGAUCCUGGCUUCUCUUGCCCUGUUACAUCGUGAUGGAGGCCACCAGUCUCUGUCCGCCAGUGUGAACAACAUCAACGCCGCACAGCCGCCAACGUCAACGUCUCAACAGAGUGUAUCCGACAAUGACGUCUUCAUUACAGCGGCCAAAGAGCCAGACACAGGGCAAGCAGAAGCCGUUGAAUGCAGUACGUUGAACGGACAGACGGUCCCACAUACAGACAAUUAUACGGAGUCCAGCUCCCAGUCUACGGAAAUGGCUCCAAACACAGACACCACAGAAGAUAUCAGUCCAUCUCCACAGGAGACAGCUCCACACACGGGGGAGACCAGCAGCAUCACAGAUUCACAAACUGCUGAAAAUGAUGCAAGGAUGAAAGCAGCGUUGGUUCGUGAGCAUAGCCAGCAAUAACGGCUACACGAAUUGUGGUCAUGGAUCAUCAUAAUUAGCGGAUAAACCGACGAUCAGAUUUCCGUCGUCAACAAAUGGAGGCCGUCCAACUAUUGCAUGGGGAACAGUUUGUGUCACUCAGCAACAACGAUUGGUCAAAUCUGCCUAUGCAAAUUACUGAAUCUACAGAACCAAUCAACACAUAUUAUAACCUGUAAGUUAACAAUCUGUGUACAUUAUUGUUUGUAGUGUUGGUGCAAAACUUCGUAGAGGACGAAUUCACCUUUUCAGAAAUAUCGAUGAUGACGACAGAAAAAUGCCAAGCGUUUUGUCCACUUGUACCGGAAGCACGGGUGAUAGAUUCAAUCGGAACGUUUCUGUUUGACUUCGACUACCUCGAAAUUCGUUAUGGAUAUCGCCGUGCCUUGUGAGUUCUGAUUAAUCAUUGAAUCAGGAUGGUGAUAACAUUUGAGGACCUUCAGUGUGGUUCGUUUUAAGAACAUUCAACUGAAUCCCAACCAAAGACGCCGUACCGGAGAUAACAUCUGGUUUCUCCAUACAGAUAAUGUGCAUGUAAAAUCACUGUCUGGAAACGUUACACACCGACUGAAUAUGUUCAGACGCUGACAAAGGUGUGAUCGUAAUGAUUGUGUGUUCAAAGACAACGACAUUUUAUCAUAUUUCUCUUGGCAGUUGUAACUAUCUCAUGACGAGUCCAAAUAUUUUGAAGCCAGUUUUAGGGUAGACAGGAAUUAUUUAAGUAUGUAAGCGUUACCUUAUGUGCCAAUCAUAAUACCACUUGGAACAAGUUAAAUAUAUAGCAGGCACAAAAGAGAUUGACUCAAGACAUGCUCACAAUAAAGUAACCACGUUGUUGUGUCUCAACUAUUCAUUAACUCCCAACGGUGAUGCAUAAGAUAAGGCACAGGUAACUUACUUCUCACACGUAUAUUUUUGUUAAAAUGUAGAUAAGAUGAUUAAUUUAACGUCAGUUUCGGUGAUCAACCACGAUAACAAUGAACCACUUUAUCAUGUGUCGACAGAAAGUCAGAAACAUAAACGUAUUUGCAUGUUUCACUGAGAGAUUUCGCAAGGCAAUUGCCUGAAUUGUAUCAGCCUGAUCAUUAACAAUAACCUAUACUGUGUAAUACUUCUCAGCAUUAAUAUCAGUCCAUUUGAUGGAAUGGAUAUAAAGAAAUAACCCAUU